UUCUAAAUCCGCAACAUUGUACAAAACUAUGCGUUUAAUGGCUGAGUGAUUGGUCAUGACUGAUAAUGCAGGAUCAUAAAAGGGAGUUUUAGCUCUUAAUUUGUUCUUCCUUCGUUACCAAGACAUCCUAGCUCUAUUUAUUUCACCAUUAGCAUACAACUUUAAACUUUAGCUCUUUUUUAUCUCUGGCAUUUGGUCACCAUACUCAAACUGUCCUUCGUGCUUUGGUAAACGGGUUAUGAGGGUUGAUUCCUUUCCAUUUUUCCGAUCACAUGAACGUUAGGACCGCAUGUAUCCAGAUUCGAAAGUAAGGUUCAUCAUCCCAAUAUGAAUAGUAGUGAUCUGUCCACACUGGAUUUGAUGCUGGUUCCCUGUCUACCAACAAUCUUGAAUUCUCAGCCCCAAAACCACCCAACCAUUUUCCCCAUUGAGGACAAAGAAAUAGAGCCCGAGACUGAUGAUCUUUUGAAUUAUUUCGGGCCCAAUCUUUGGCAGCCAUGGUUGGAAUUCCAACCGGAAAAUUGCAGCCCAGAUCCUCAGAUCCUUUGCAAAGUCAAAGAAGCUCUGGAAGACGUAACAGAUGUCGGUUAUGACUCGAGCAUCAAUUCCUUGGAAGACAUGGAGCGACCUGAUCUACAACCCUUCUUCCCCAAGCCCACUUCUGCUUGUUAUGAAGAGAUUGAGGUGCCCAAAUUAGACUUGGACUCUGAGUUGUUUGGUCACGGUGUCUUGUAUCCUGUUUUCUCUUUGGAUCCGGAUGAUUUGGAUUUGAUGAAAGGGUGUAAGCUUCUCAGAAGGGCCAACAAAAUUUUGGAUGACAUGUUUGACAUCCCUGGAAAAAUGGCCCUUUUGAGGGUCUAUCCCCUUGAACCGUGCCUCGUUUCGCGAGAGUCGACAACAUACAAGGCUAACGAGAUGGUAAAUUUUAUAGAUGUAAUCGAGGAGCCUCCCGGGGCCCCGAAUUUUAAAGCCCUCUUAAACACGCUUCAUCCCGUCGAAGAAAAGCAUGGCUUAAUUGAAGAAGACGGCUGCAAAAUUAUAGAACAAGCAGCUACUGAAAUGAGACAAGUUUUCAGACAGUACUUAACAGGCAUUCGACAGGACUGUCAGACUGUGAUUAGGUCAAUCCUCAUUGAUGUGAUUGAAAAAGUUCCUUACAACGUUGAAUCCCUUGCCAUGGACACGUCGCUAAUGAUACAAGAAUCAACUCCACCGCAAAGUAAGACCUCUAAUGGGCUUUUGGGAAUAGGUCCUAGGGCUUUCAGUGAUCGUGAGCAAUUGGCUCGUCUGACAGCUGAAAUGCAAUUGGAAUCUAAUCCCAUUUCUCGUUUGGAGACUUUGGAGCAAAAAAGUAGCCUCGGGCCCAGGCGGAAUGAACGCACCAAAUCAAAGCAUUUCAAGACCAUUCGAAGUCGGAGCUUUGUUCAAUUAGAUGCUUUGCCAAGUUAUGCGAAUUUUCCAAUGGUCCACGCUGCCUCAAAGGAGACAAAAGACCAAACCGAGGACGAGCAAGAUCGUCAAAGCGCAUUAGAACAUAUCAGUGGUUCUUCGGAUUCUAAAGAAGAGUUGCAAUACUCAGACAUGCUCUCGAGAUCAAAAUGGAAUAUGAGCCCUGCCGGAGACCUUGCUCAAUUAAAGAACAUUCGAGAACCUCUUUCUGAGCAAAUGAGCCGUACUCAGAAGAGCCCAGUUCAGCCAGGGAUGGAUGAUCUUAUCAGCUUUGCCAAUUUUUCCUCUCGGGAAGUAAAACCUACCAUGACCACUUCAACUCCAAUCCAGUUGAAUCGGGUUAUUGCUUCCAAUCAAAGAGGUUGGUCAAGCACCAUCUUUCAAGAAUGCGCAAAAUCCAGCGGUGGUUCGGAGGCAAAUCAAGCUCGCUCAAGAAUUGUUGCUCGAGAGUUUUCCCCUUUGCGUGGACAUGCAUUUCCAGUUUUCAAUGCUUCAUCGGAAGUUCCACGUCCAGAAUUCGCCCUGCCUACUCCUUCAGCGUCAGGGUCUUCUCAAAUCGUACCCGUAGAGAGAGAACUUAAAGCUAUCGACAGACGACGACCCAAAAAGAAAAUAAGAUCAAAAUUGGCAUGUCUCGAUCCCUUUUGGGGACUUUGAUGAGGCCACUAUUUUUGAAGUGCAGCACAUCAAAACGGUUUCUUAGAAGGUGACAUGUGAAUAUCCUGGAUCUGAACAUUUGCAGGAAUUCGGAUCAUGUUCAUGAUCUGCUCAGCCACAUCUUCGGAUGUCAGGGACGGAACAUUCCUGACGAGCUCCUCUGCCUUUGCUUUGUUGCCAGGGAAUAGCGAGUAAAUAAAGUUUGUGGCCACCAUUCUCGGGCUGAUGGAGCACAUCCGAAUAUUCUUGGCAGGUUUCAUAUCCGCCACCUAAUUAAACGCGAAUACUUAAAACCCCGACUCAUUAUGUUACAAAGAGAGAGAAUUCUCACCUCAUCUCGCCAAGCUUGCACCAAUCCGGUAACCGCAUGUUUGGUGGUCGAAUAAAAUCGGGCGAAGGGAUGCGGAUGAACCGCAUGGCCAGACAUACUAUUGACCACGAUCACCUGUCCAUCCUCGACCUUUGGGUUAUCUCGCAUAGCCUUAACCGCCAAUUGGGUGCAAUGGGAGACGGCCAGAACGUUGACAUCGAGCAAAGCACGCCAGUCCUCGACAUCCGAGUCCAGCAAGUUGGUAUGACUGACAAUUCCGGCGUUGAGGAUGGCCAGAUCAAUGCGGCCAAAAUCGGCGAGAA